GGAAAAGCCGCGGGGCCGGCGGCCGCUCCGCCCCGGAAAGGUCCCUCGCAGGCGGCGGCGCGGCGGAUCUCGGUCCAGCGAAGAUGGUGCGGAAACUGAAGUACCACGAGCAGAAGCUGCUGCGGCGGCUGGACCUGGUGAACUGGGAGGUGUCGGGCGGGAACCUGGCGGAGGUGCGGGCGCUGCGGCGGUACCGGCUGGGCCGGCGGGAGGACUACGUGCACUACAAGGCGCUGGCCCGCGCCGUGCGCGCCCUGGCCCGCCGGCUCCGCGACCUGGGCCCGGCCAGCGCCGCCUUCCGCGCCCGCUGCGCCGCCGCGCUUCUGGAGAAGCUGCACGGCCUGGGGCUGGUGAACAGCCGGCAGUCGCUGGCCGUCUGCGAGAGCCUCUCGGCCGCCGCCUUCUGCCGCCGGCGCCUGCCGUGCCUGCUGGUGAAGCUGCGCAUGGCGCAGAACCUGCGCCACGCCGUCACCUUCGUGGAGCAGGGGCACGUCCGCGUGGGGCCCGAGGUGGUGACAGACCCCGCGCUCCUCGUGCCCCGCGCCGUCGAGGAUUUCAUCACCUGGGUGGACGCUUCGCGCCUGCGGCAGAAGGUGCUCGACUACAACCAGGAGCGCGACGACUUCGACCUGGCCGCAUAGGGCUGCCCUGCUGCUCUGCCCCAGGACACACACCCCAAUAAAACCACGGCGGUGCCGCCAUCGGAUACUCACACAGCUGCAAAGGGAGGCAGAAAGAAACCGUGCGCUUCCAGUGUCGUAUUGACCUGCUCCUGGCUCCCUUUUGCAGCUAAUAGUUCCGUUCAUCCAUGCAGAGGAGCUUUCCUUACACAUCCACUGCUUCAAGAAUACAUCCAGUGGCCCAGCUCCAUCAUUAUCCUUGGUGUGCCCAGCACAUCAUCCCUGGCAUUCCCAGCUUCAUUAGCAGCUCAGCUCUGCCAUCAUCCCCAACGUGCCCAGCUCCACUGUCAUCCUUGGCAUGCCCUGCUCUGUCAUCCCUGCAGCGAAUCUCCAUUAUCCUUACAUCCCAAAAAGCAAAAAUGCUUGGAAAAGUCUCUGCCCAGUCACAGGAGAGGAUAUUGGUCAGGUUUAAGUGCUUGGCUGCUUAAAAAUAGCUGCUGGAAGGGAUUUUAAGCCAAGCCAAGUGGCUGUUUCAAGACUGAGUUUGGCAGCUUCACUCCUGUUUUUUCAAGAGGUUCUCCUGGUUCUUCCUUCAGCUGUUGGAUGCACAGGAAUCAGAGUUGCUUCUGGAACUAUCCUGCUAUCAAGGAACGAGGGGUGAAUGUGGGGAUUCUUGGGGGGUCAGCAGUAAGCAAGGAGGCCAAAUACUGCAUUUCUGGAACUGUUAAAGUUUUAGCCAAAAAUGGAAUUUUAAAAAGCCAACUCUAUUUCCAUGUGAGGUCAUAAAGGGAAGUUUGAUGCUUUGA